AUGGCAUACACGCAAAUGUACAUGAGUGGGCCAACCCACGUCCUGCCCACGAUCGGUUCCCUCGCCGACACAAGCCAACAAACCGAGGACACCACCUUUUCCGACUUCCUUUGCUCUACCCCAGAGGCGGAGUCGAUCCGAGCUGCUUUCGGCGAAGCAGCAUACCAACAAUAUGUCGAACAGGCUCUCGCUAGCCAAAAGGCGAGAGCGGCCCGAGAGGCCGAGAUUAGCAAGGAGUUGGCCUCCAAAAGGUCCACGAUCCAGAGAUGGAUCACGAAGAUCAGACACGCAUACACCGAGACCAACUAA